UAUCGGAAUGUCAAUGUAAACUGAUCGGUCAGAAAGUGGUUGUCACCUACCACAGAAUGCUGAUUUUUAUCAGAGAUUGUGUGUGAAAGUUCCCAGAAAUGAAAGUCGUUUGGAAUCUGUGAUUGCAUGGUGUUGAAAAUAGGCAGUGGGGCAACUAGAAUGAGCUUAGAUUCAAAAGAAGGAAACUUAGAGAGGAUCAUGUCAGACUCGUCAAUGGCUGCUCAAAUUGCGAAGGAGGAGAUUAUGCCAAAUUAUGAAGAGUAUCUAAUGCUUUUACAAGAAAAGAACAGGCUUGUGAAGAAAUUGAAAGAAAAGGACAAAAAGCAGAUAGUUUUGGAAAAGAGGGAAAAAGGCUUUUCUCUGUAUGUGAAUGGUGCUAAUGCAAGGUGCAAGCCAAGACCCAAGGUUAACCAGAUUUCACCAAACCAGUAUCGACCCAAAACAAGGCAGGCCAAGACUGCAGGAGACCAACCUCGUCUAUUGGGGAUCAACCCUGCAGACCUGUAUCUGAUCCAGCAAGAGGAGGCUAAACAAAACGCGAGUAGAGAACGUGUGAAAACAGCUCCCAUCAAAGGUAGAAGGAACUGGGCAGUUAGGUCUAUUGACAUCCAAACUGCCAGGGGUGUGAAGGAAAGACUAAAGGCACCUCGUGAGUUGACAGGGAAUUAUGAGGAUGACUUUGAGUCAGAUGGCAGUGAGGAAGGCUCAGAAAGGUCUGAGGUUGUAAGAAGCAUGGCUGUGUCACUGGAUGGAGAGAUUGAUUCUGAAGAGGAAAUACAGAUUGAUGCUGGGAAAUUUACAUCUCAUCCAGAGAGAAAACUAAACAAGAGACAACCAAUGACAAAUAAAAAGAGAUUCAAAUCAAAGUAUUUAAGACGUAAAGCAGAGAUUGAAAACAACAACAACAAUCAUUGUGAUGAUGGGGAAGAUGGGGAUCAGUUAAUUAUGAAUCUCACUGAUGUGCGGAAAUUACGUCAGAGUUUGGAAAGGAAUGCGAGUAUUCGACGGAGCCUGGCCCAUGAAGUCAGCAGUUCCUCACUACCUAAACUCUCUCCAGCCAGUGGCCACAACUGUGCCACCUACGGUCGAUUUCGUCCUCAGGAAUCUGAGGAGGAGUCUGCCAUUGCUGAGGAGCCUGAGGAAGAAAUAGAGGAGGAUCUGACUCCAGCCAUGGGGAGUCUGAAGCUGAGUGCUGAGGAGAACUUGCUGAAGCCGGGCGACACCAUAGUGUUAGAGCUGGCCACAUCACACAACAUGAAGGUACAGAAAAACUUGAGUGUGGCCAGGAAGCCAUUGGUGGAUGAGCUGGACACAUCAAGGUUACAGAAUCACAUGAAGACACCAGUAGUAGAGGCGCUGCCGACACAGACAGGUGAUCAGGAGCUUAAAGGAAAGUCCCUGAGGAAGGUUAGCCGACCACUGUCUGGGUGUAAGAAGAGUAGCAGAGGAGAAAAUGUGAAGCAGGACACCCAGUCUGAGGCUCAGGCUGUGUUAGAGGCUCUGAGAGCUGAAAACAGUCGGGUGUCACAGUACAGCCAGGGUAGGGCUGACACCCCCAGGCAGCACACACAGAAUGAAGACCGGGACACAGGUGAACUUCCGCUGUCAGCUCGUGAGAGACGGCGUUUGAAGACACCUCGCUCACCUCAGUGUGGAAGCUCGGCUCAGUUCCCGGUGCCCCUGCCUCCUGAUGGCCCUGAGGCAACCCCUACCCAGACACUACCCCUAAAGGCAUCCCCUUCCCAGUCUGUGGCCUCUCAGAACUGCAACCACAGCUUGCUGACAGAUGACCAACUCAGUAGAAUAACAGACCAAAUAUCGGCCAUGAAACCCAGACAACAGAAGAGCUUGGUGAAGAUGCUGGGUAAGCUAGAGCAGUCUUUGUCCCAUUCAACGCAGACGACCUCACCUUCCCGCUCCUCGACUAGCGUCAUAACUCCCACCCAGCAUUCCCCGAAAGAGCUGAGGCUGGAGAUCCUGUCGACCUGGGGUGAUCCUGACAGGGUGGGUUUGACAGAGAUACAGCUGUUUGACCCUCAAGGCCAGCUGAUCUCUGUGCCCCCAGAUCAGUUGUCUGCACAAGGAGUGUCUGGGUCCAGGGGCCAGCUCAGCUGUCUGGUCAACAACAAGUGUAAGACCAACAAGGAGCGGAAUAUGUGGAGUUGUAAAUAUGGAGGAAAUUCUUGUGUUAGCAUCUGUGUCAAGCUGUCCCAUGCGCAUACUGGCCAGGGGCUGGAGGUCUCCAAGAUAAAAAUCUGGAAUUAUAAUAAAAGUAUAAAUGACUUAUCUACAGGAGUGAGGGGUUGUCGUGUGUUCUUAGAGGAGCAGCUGGUGUUUGAGGGAGAACUGGAGAAAGGCUGUGGUAACCAGGUGUUUGAUUACAGCACCACUAUACCUGUGACUUCAAGGCCUAGUCCCUUAGCAUCCCGCCAUGAAAGUCCACUGGGGACAAACCCAAACACUAUAUCCAACAACCAUAUCCACGACAAUUCAGUAGGUCUGUCGACAAAACCUGAGCAUCACUCACAGAGGGCGUCCCCCAAACCUGUCACCAGCCCAAACAUUCCACUUCUGCCAAAGACUACCAGAAGGUCCAUAUCACCAUCACCUAACCGAGAAAAUAAGCGCACAUUCCCCCGCUUUAGAGAUUCACCCAGCUCGUCUGGAUCUUCUAGUGGAGAGGUGAAGAUUAGUACCAAAGUUGCCUCCCCUUGUGUGAGUCAGGAAGACCUGACGCAACGCAGUAAAACACGAACUCUGAAUCACUCAUCAGAUGGUACGCCGCUGCAUCGACCAGUAGUGACCAGUCAGCCGUCCAGCCCGGAGAGUGACCACUGCCAGCAGGAUCAGCUGAAAUGUCGCAGAGGAAGUGGUUCCAAGAGUCCCAGGAAGUCAAAGCGUAUGGCAGCCAAACUGACAGGCCAUGUUUCCUCAGAACUGGAGGGAUCAAAGUCAUACCUGGACAGUUUGGACGCUAGGCCCCCAAGACCCCCAGACUGUAAGGCAGAGGAUCGUGCCAGGUGCCCCUCCGUCCAGGAUAUACCCAGGCCCAAGGCCAGCGAAGACAGCCUGUUUGCUGUACCCAAACUUGGACAGCUCCCUAAAAGUGAAGACGAUGAUGCACAAUCAGUGCCGAGCUGGCUAAGGAAAGAGGAAAUUGAUGAUUACUUUGACAACCCUCCAGGGAACUGCCGUGUGAGUAGGGUGGGCGUGGCACAUCCUCCGUCUCAGAGUAGGCAGGAGCUGUUAGACUGGGAUGAUGAGAUUUCUGCUGAUUGGCCUACCCCAGGAGUUGACCAUUUGAGUACAGUGUUUGAUGAUGGAUUAACAGAGACCAAGCCCAAAUCACCCCUUAUCGCUGAAGCGAGUGAAGUGUUGGACGAGUGCACCCCGAUGCAGCGUAUCCAGAAGAACCGCGCCAGAUGGCGGGACAAUCAGCAGAAGAAGCUGGAGGAGUCCUGGGGAUCUCUGAAUCUGUUCAACCACUCACACCGUGGGAGGCUGUCUAUAGACAUGACUGAUGAUGUGUUAGAUGAAUACCUGGUCCCCAGUAAGAAGUCCUCUGCUAAACCUGCUAAAGCCACACCCAAGGCUCCAGAGCCUGCUUUAGAUGAGGAAGAUUUCAUGAUACCAGAGCUACCGUAUGGGCGUAACCUGGAGAUUAACAUCCAGACCACCUGGGGAGACAAGCAUUAUGUGGGCUUGACAGGAAUAGAGAUCUUCUCGCACACCGGCGAUCCUGUACAGGUCUCCAAGAUAAUAGCCGACCCUCUGGAUAUCAACGUCCUGCCUGGCUAUGGGAAAGACCCCCGUGUGGUGGCUAACCUGGUGGAUGGAGUGAACAGGACACGUGAUGACAUCCACAUGUGGUUAGCUCCCUUUACCUCAAGCCGUAACCACUACAUCCAUGUCACAUUUGAGAAACCUUGCAGAGUGGCUAUGAUCAGAGUCUGGAACUAUAACAAGUCACGUAUUCAUUCAUACCGUGGUGCUAAAGACGUGGUGAUGAAGCUGGACGGCUGUGUGAUCUUCAAAGGAGAGAUUGCCCGGGCAUGUGGUGGUAUUGAAGGAGGUACAGAAGCUUUUGGUGAUACCAUACUGUUUUCUGUGGAUGAAGGCAUUCUGGAGGCUGUCUCCAAGCACGACUCAGCCUUUGAGGGUAAUGGUUUCAGCGAUGAUGAUGUUGAGGAUGACGUUCCGUUUGAGAGACCACCCACGGCUGACAGCGGCAAAGAUGAGAGGCCGUUCACUCGUGCAUCUGGUCUCCUGAAGCCCACCAAGUCUGAGGAAGAGACCACACGACCGCAGACCAGCAUGGUCACCAUGGAGGGCAAUGUACUGGUCUACAAGGGACAAAAGCUAGAACUAAACUUCACCUCCACCUGGGGAGACCUGCAUUACCUGGGCCUGACAGGACUGGAGGUAGUUGGUAAGGAUGGGGAGGCGUUACCUGUCACACUGAGGAAGCUGAAGGCCAAACCUCAAGAUGUGCGCUCCUUACCUGGGCAUGAGGACGAUGACAGAACUCUGGACAAGCUUAUUGAUGGCACAAAUAUCACUGUGUCAGAUGAGCACAUGUGGCUGAUUCCAUUCACUGACGGUCAUAACCACACCCUCACUGUUGACUUUGGCCAGAAAGUCCUGAUAGCUGGACUCCGGAUAUGGAACUAUAAUAAAUCACCAGAGGAUACUUACAGAGGGGCCAAAAUAGUUCAUGUCAAAGUUGAUGGUAGGCUGGUGUCACCACCUGAUGGUUACCUGAUCCGUAAAGGCCCAGGUAACUGUUACUUUGAUUAUGCACAGGAAAUCUCAUUCUCACCUGAGCAGAAGACAGACACUUCUCAACAGUCCAGCUCUGUCCCAGCCAGCUUGAGCCCUGGCAGCUCAGUGGAUGUCCCCAGCCAGGAGUAUGAAGCUGUCCAGAUGCCCUGUGGAUUCAUCUACCAGUUCCAUCUCCUGUCCACCUGGGGUGACCCUUACUACAUAGGCCUAAAUGGACUGGAGUUUUAUGAUGGCCAAUUUAACCAUAUUCCUCUGGCUGAAAACAAUAUAGCUGCCUAUCCAGACAGUGUGAAUGUGCUAGACAAUGUGAAAAAUGACGUGCGGACCCCAGACAAGCUGAUAGAUGGCUGGAAUGACUCGAUGGAUGGCAGGCACAUGUGGAUUGCUCCUGUUCUGCCUCAUGUGGUGAAUCGUGUGUAUGUGAUUUUUGACCAGCCAACCACAGUAUCUAUGAUCAAGUUAUGGAAUUACAGUAAAACACCCAACCGGGGAACCAAGGACUUUGCUCUGCUGGUAGAUGACUUACUGGUGUAUAACGGAGUGCUGAACUCUGUGGGACAAGCGGCACGGGGCAUCCUGCCCAACUGUACCACCCAGUCUUACCACACCAUCCUCUUCUCAGAUAACAAGGAGCUACUCAGGAAGGAGAGACACACAGUCAUCAGCAAACAAGAAGGUGAGCAGGAUAUCCAGAUGCUGAAUGACAAGAAAGUUGUCACACAUUACAGUGAUCCCAAGAAAGCACAGGCCAACAAACCAGUUAACCAAGCUCUUCGUCCUAAAACCAGUGUGCCAGCUUUGAACAAGAGGAGAUAGUUCCCCUGUAAUCAUGUCCAGCAGACACAGGGUUAACAGGCCAGGUCGGGGUUUGAACCAAGGACUUAACUUUAUAUUCAUGCAUACAUUAGAGCUGCAUGAACAGUGCUAGCUUGGGAUCAGUGUAGUGAAGCUUUCAAAGAAGUGUACAUGACCCUAUCUGCCCAUAUAGAACUGACUCAAGUACAAAAUCACUUGAGCAACUUUUAACAACACAAAGUGGAAUGCCGACAAUGUUGAACUUAUUUUUGACUUAAAUAUCAUAUCUAAUGUCUAAAACCAUAGGCAUUCCUACAUGUAAUAUGUACAUUUUCAAAUGUGUGAUGACAGCUUUAAUGGCUUUGAUUUUAUUCCAAGCUUCAUCUAAUUUCAUUGCCCACGUUGUUUUUACAUUUGAAUGCCAUUGAAAUUUUGCUGUCCAGAUUUUUGUUACCCAUUUUGGAAAAGUUUCAGCAUUAGUGUUAUGGACAUAAUCAAACAUGUGAAAUGUACACGAAGGUGUGGUUUGAGGUGUGAAUGGUGUGGAAUGAGGGGCAGGGGGGUAUACGCUCAAGUGUGAUAAAGAUCAGAUCUAGUGGAGUUAAGAUGCUGAGUAGUUUGUUUGGGGUUGUGAAGUUGUUUAUUAUGUGUGGUUUCCGAGGUUUCAUCUGGUGCAUGUAAACAAACAGGAAAUUAUGUGUUUGUGUGACAUGCAAAAGAAAUGUGUAUUGUUAUGUGUUUGUUCUUUGGAAAGACCGUUUUCAAAUGAAAUGUAGAUGAAUACGAGUUUAUGUGACAUGUUAUGGUACUACGCCUAAUGUGUAUAACAUCCUGUGUGAUAUGAACUGUGAUACACAAACAGAUGGGCAUAAUUACAUGUGUUCAGGUUUAUCUUAAAGGUUAUUUUUAUACAAGCUCACAAAAUAUACAUUAAUUCUUUUUACUAGACUCCCGUCCACAACCUAUCGAAGUACCUGUAUUUACCAUGGUUAUUACAUGUGCUAUUGUUGUUUACACAAUUCUCUUGUACAUAAUCUUAUUAUGAAUGAAAAUACAACUGGUUGAUAAAC